UCCCAUCAGCCUCCUCCAGCCCUGUCGCCCUAGCCCAUCUGACACAAGUCAGGCCUCAGCCCUGCUCCCUGGCCCCAACUCCCUGCAGAAGAUUGGCUCUGGGGCCUUCUCCAAAGUCUACCUGGCCUAUGCCACACGUGAGCGCAUGCAGCACAACGCCAAGCUGGCCUCCGACCUGCGGGGCAAGCACCAUGCCAUGGGGCUGUGGUCUACACACAACGGCCACCCCCCCACCCCUGCAGGUGGCUAUCAAGAUCAUCUCCACUGCCGAGGCCCCUGGGGAGUUCUCCCAAAAGUUCCUGCCUCGUGAAAUAUCAUCACUCAAUGCUACCUAUAAGCACCUGAAUGUGGUGCAGCUGUACGAGACCUACCAGAACAGCCAGCGCUCCUACUUGGUGCUGGAGCUGGCAGCCCGCGGCGACCUGUUGGAACACAUCAACUGGGUGUCGGAACGCCGCUGCAGCCCGGGGCUGGAUGAGGAGGAGGCCCGCAGACUGUUCUGGCAGCUCGUCAGUGCCGUGGCCCACUGCCGCAGCUCCGGCAUUGUGCAUCGGGAUCUAAAGUGCGAGAAUAUCCUCCUAGAUGACCGAGGCCUCCUAAAGCUGAUCGACUUUGGCUUCGCCAACCAUUUGGGCCUCAAGAGCUUGCUGCCGAGCACCUUCUGUGGCUCCGUGGCCUACACAGCCCCGGAGAUCCUCAUGAGGAAGAGGUACAAUGGGGAGCAGGCUGACCUGUGGAGCCUGGGCAUCACCCUUUAUGCCAUGGUGACCGGGAAGCUGCCCUUCAAGGAGCACCAGACCCACCGCACGCACCUGAUGCACCAUGGCCCCACCUUCAGGCCGGGCAUGUGCCCAGAGUGCCGGGAUCUGAUCCGGGGCCUGCUGCAGCUUCGCCCAUGUGCGCGCCUGGGCCUGCAGCAGGUGGCCGCGCACUGCUGGAUGCUGCCCGCCACGCACGCGCUCUCUGGCACCACGCUCAGGAUGCCGCCAGAGAAGCCAGCUAAGCUUGAGCACUCGGAGCCCGGCAGAGACUCGGAGCCUCCGAGGCGGCGCCCCCGGCACUGCUUCUGGGCCUCCACCUGGGCCACAGAGGCCGACCCAAGAAGAGGUGCAGGCUCUGCCCAGCUGGGGCUCUGGAGCGCGAGGACAGCCAGCCUGGGGGUAGGCGCCUCCAGGUAG